AUGGGGAAUUCUGUGCCCGAUUGGGAAUAUCUACCAGAACUCUGUCUUCUUACUGUUCUUGAGAAAAUAGAUGAACCCAUCAGUCGGGUUCAAUUUGGUGCUGUUAGCAAAUAUUGGCAUUCACUGUUCAAUACUUUUCUCGACAUCAAGAGGCGAUCAUCCACAACUCUAGUUCCAAUGCUGAUGAUUCCAUCCAAAAAGAGCGCCACAAAGCGAAAACUAUACAGCCUACAAUCCAAAUCAAAAAUCGCGGAGAUUGAAUUUCCCAAGCCUUAUACAUGGAGAUACUGUGGUUCUUGUUAUGGUUGGUUAGCCACAGUGGAUGAGAGCUUCAAUAUAACUCUUUCAAAUCCUUUUAAAAAUCUUAGCAUUCAUCUUCCUCAGUUUGACAGCAUGGCAUAUGAUAGUGGGCACUACACAUAA